AUGACCAAUCUUUUCACGAUAACAACUCCAGUCGGGUCGAUAGACAGCGUACCAUGCUCAACAUACGCCAUGAUAGGUAAGAUCCAGAAGGGUUGUGAGGCGCCUUCUGUAAUCUUCAUUGUCAUUGUAGGAGUUUCGAUGCUUGGACUCAUCAGAGUUGUUUGGAUGAAAGAAUGGUUGACACUAGAUGUUCUAGUGCUUGUCAGCUUAAGUAGGAUAUCCACCUUGGUUGACAUAUUGCUACAAUUAUGGGUCUUUAAUUUGAGCUUCUCUUUUGAUUUGCGGCACCACAAAAUACAGAUAUGUUUAUAUCCAAUCUCAACUAGGCUUCAUACUCAACAUGGUUAUUGGUAUUGGGAGAACUCAAAACGUAAGGACACUUCAAUCACAAAAUCAACUUGUAGAGCUCUGCUCAUAAUCGCAGAAACAGGCAUAAUUACAGUUGUCUUAGGAAGGGAGCGUCGCGCAGGAUUACCGAUAUUAUUUUGUUUGAUCUGA